AUGUCACAAAAAAGACAAGUUGAUCCCUUACAUUCAUUAGUGGCUGGAUCUUUGGCCGGUGCAGUAGAAGCUUCUAUCACCUACCCUUUCGAAUUCGCUAAAACCAGAUUGCAGCUCGUGGAUCGUUCCAAAACGACAGCAUCGAGAAAUCCAUUAAAACUUAUUUUUAACACAGCCAAGACAAACGGUAUCGGUACACUAUACGUGGGAUGUCCUGCGUUUAUUGUUGGUAACACUGCAAAAGCCGGUGUCAGAUUUUUGGGUUUCGAUGCCAUCAGGAACGUGCUAAAAGAUCCUGCCACGGGAGAGCUCAGCGGUGCUCGGGGAAUCGUUGCUGGGCUAGGAGCGGGACUUUUAGAAAGUGUGGUGGCUGUGACUCCCUUUGAAGCCAUCAAGACUGCUUUGAUCGAUGACAAGCAAAGUGUUCAACCCAAAUAUCACAACAAUGGCAGAGGCAUGCUACGGAACUAUUCCAAGUUGGUCAUUGACCAAGGUUUCUCAGGUCUUUACCGCGGGAUUUUGCCUGUUUCGAUGAGACAGGCAGCAAACCAGGCCGUCAGACUCGGCUGUUACAACAAAAUCAAGACGAUGAUUCAGGACUACACCAACAGUCCCAAAGACAAGCCACUAUCAUCUGGCCUCACUUUCGUGGUCGGUGCUUUCAGUGGUAUCGUCACUGUCUACACAACCAUGCCUAUUGAUACGGUGAAGACCAGAAUGCAAAGUCUCAAUUCUUCCAAAUAUACCUCGACUUUGAACUGUUUUACAACCGUUUUCAAGGAAGAAGGGUUAAAAACUUUCUGGAAAGGCGCCACUCCAAGAUUAGGAAGACUCAUUCUCAGCGGUGGUAUCGUUUUCACCAUUUACGAGAAGGUUCUCGUCGUGCUGGGCGCGUAA